UCGUAUCAGUCAUGCGCACUGGAUUGACGAGCAGAAAAAUCAAAAGCAUUUAGUCUUCGCAUUUGCUUUCAUAUCAAUGUGUCUGUUCGGGAUUUACGCGCGUUACCGGAAUAAUGCGUCAGAAUGGGAUUAAGGGAUGUGAGUUGCCUGUGUAAUAUCCGCAACUAUCUUCCGACUCUAAUUCAAUAGGAUCUCAUCCGCGGCUGCUGCUCCGUCGAGAGCACACAGACCAUUUCAGCCACAUCUCAGCCACUCGUGGCAGCUGGAGCGGUGUUAUCGUCUCAGGCAGAAACACCAGGAGGAGACAUCAGGGGAGCGGGCAGAGGAAGCCUUCUGCAGAGAGGAUUUCUCAAGCAUUUCAAUAGAUUGUCUUUCUUUUUCUCCCGUAGAUUGAUGAAGGAGGAAAGCGCAAAGAGGGCUCAAGUCAAGGAUGCGAGCGCGCAUUGAAGACGCGUAAAGCAUCCACGUAAAACAGGAAAAUUAGCUAGUUCUGAUGAAGAUUACUACCUGACGAGGAAGAGGUUUGUUUACUGAGUGCAAAUCUUAAGUCUCUUACCUCACAUACACCGGAGGAUGGUCCCCGGGGCCCCCAGCGCGACCACCACCAUGCUUCCCGCCUCGGAGGCUGCCAAGAUCUACCAAACCAACUACGUGCGUAAUUCCCGGGCCAUCGGCGUCCUCUGGGCGAUAUUCACCAUCCUCUUCGCCAUCGUCAACGUGGUGUGCUUCAUCCAGCCGUACUGGAUCGGGGACGGCGCAGACACGCCUCAGGCGGGCUACUUUGGUCUGUUCCACUACUGCAUCGGGAACGGACUGUCCCGGGACCUGACCUGUCAGGGAAGCUUCACGGAGUUCAGCAGCAUCCCCUCCGGAGCGUUCAAAGCCGCCUCCUUCUUCAUCUGCAUGUCCAUGUCGCUGGUCAUCACCUGCAUCGCCUGCUUCGCGCUGUUCUUCUUCUGCAGCACCGGAACCGUGUACAAGAUCUGCGGCUGGAUGCAGCUGGCUGCAGGCACAUGUCUGAUUCUGGGCUGUAUGAUCUACCCUGACGGCUGGGACAGCGACGAAGUGAAGCGAAUGUGUGGGGAACAGACGGAUAAAUACACACUGGGCGCUUGCUCCAUGCGCUGGGCUUACAUCCUGGCCAUCAUGGGCAUCAUGGACGCCCUCAUCCUCUCCUUCCUUGCCUUUGUACUGGGGAACCGUCAGGACAGUCUGAUGUCUGAAGAGCUCUUAGCAGACAAGACUGGAAAUAAUGCGAUAUAAUUCUGGAAAUUAAAAAGCAGGAACAAGGUUGGUGAGUUUUGAGGAUCCGGCUUUCCUUCUCUGGUGGCUUAAAUGAGCAGAAGUGUUGGGAAUCAUCAGAUCCGUGCAGAAGAUGCUCUGGAGAAGUGUUGGAAAGCUGAACUCCUGUCCCUCCUCCAAAGACUCUCUUUCUGUAAAAUAAGUCCCACAUCGUGCAGGAACAGUGAAACCUGCUCGUCCUGUCACUUCAUCAUCUCACCCCCUCGGGUGCCGGAGCGCCGAUUCGGCUGGAGAGACUUCUACCAACUUCUGAUCAGUCCAAGCCCUCAGACUGGCUGUGGCGUCAACCCAAUGACGUCAGAUCGCAGUGUUUGGACCGCCGCAGAGGACUUUGCAGACACGAGGUCAAAACGUCCUCACAUUUGUGGAAAGUCUGGCGUUUGCACAGAUUUGAGGACUGAAGACAUUCACAGCGUGGUUUCCUGAUGACAUCUCGGAUGAAAUGAAAUCCAAUUUGUGUACAAAGAAAGAAAGAAAAAGCACUACACUGAAAAACAAUAUUAGGUUGUUGUUUGCACACAUGUUCAUUUUGUGUUGACCUUGUACUGUGAAAUAUCAGCCUAUUGGUCCAGUAAUAGUAUGUGCAUAGAUAGAUAGUGGUCUAAUAGUACUGUAAAGACUUAAAAAGGUUUAAAAUGUGAGAAAAUUAACUGAGUUAGUUUUACGUUUUAGUCUGUUGUUUGGGUUUAUGAAGGCGUACAUAAACCUAAAACCUUUUUUACAUUUAUUUUAUAACAUGAGCUGACAUGCAACCUCUCCCCAAAGGAAAAAUAAAUAAAUAAUAAUAAUAAUAAAUGUUUCCAGGAAUGAUUUCACUUCAAAUACUAAAGUGCACCAACUCAAUUUCUCCCAUGUGUCAGCAUAUGUAUGGUAUUUGGACAUCAUGCAUUAACGGAUUGUCGAUAUAAGAAGACAAACAUUUUGUUUUUAUGUUGUUUAAAAAAAAAAAAGAUGAAGAAUUUGUUUUGUUUGUUGGAGAUUUUUUUGUGUUUACAUUUUAGGUUUCAGUUCCUGCUACGAACCUUAAAAUAAGAAACUGAACUGCGUGAAAACAGUUUAUGACUUCUUUAAAAAUAAAAAUAAACUAAAGAGGAGCUGUUACAUUUA